AUGGUUGAUAUUCCUUUAGUUGAUCAGCGAUAUUAUAACUUUAAAAUUAAUGAUUAUAAGGAGGAGCUAAAAGCAAUUGGGGUAAUGCUUGACUAUGGUCAAGCAUGUGAAUUCAUUGGGAAACAUCUCAUGGCUUUGGCCAAAGGUUCUAAUUUGACUAGAUCCAAGGUUGUUGCAAUGCUUGAUUUCAUAAGAUAUUUGAGGGAGAAAAUGCUUUCUGUGAUUGAGAUUGUCAAUAGCGUCAAAGAGGUUAAAUGGGUAAAGACUUCAUGUGGUGAAAGGUCUCCGGUUGAAACCGUUCUCUUUGACGACAGUUGGAAAAUUGCUUCAGUGGUUAGUCAGAUUCCCUUCCUUGAUCAACAAUAUUAUGGGCGCGACAUUCUCCAAUACAAGACUGAGCUCGAACUACUUGGAAUUACUGUGGGUUUUAAGGGAAAUUAUCAGAUUGUGCUUGACCAUCUUAAACCUUCGCCAAGCUGGAGUACUCUAAUGCCCGACCAUCUCAUUUUUGCUCUCAAGUGUAUUACAUCCUGUUCUCGUGCAUCAGUUAAACUUGUGGAUAUGAUGAAAAAUUCUGAAUGCUUACGCACAAGUGUCGGCUUCAAGUAUCCCCGUGAUUGUUUCCUGUUUGACCGUGAGUGGGGGUGCAUAUUGCAGAUAUUUGAGGAUUUCCCAUAUAUUGACAACAGUUUUUAUGGGGAUGGGAUAUUUAAUUUUAAAGAAGUAUUGCAGAAAAUUGGGGUCGUCGUUGAUUUUGGUGAUGCAACUAAGGCAUUAUCUACUAAGUUUAAGCAACGAGCUUCUACUCAUCAGAUUACCAAUGAUACUUCUCUCUCCUUAAUCUCGUGUUAUAGAAAGUUGAAGGAUACACAGUACACCAUUCCUUCGGAUCUCAGAUCAUGGUUCCGGGAAGCUGAAUGGUUAAGAACUCGACUUGGAGACUUUAGGUCGCCCAAUGAUUGCAUUUUGUAUGAUGCAGAUUGGCGUUCCAUCUCUGAGAUCACGCUGCUUCCUUUUAUUGAUGACAGAGAGAGUUGCUAUGGGAAAGCCAUAUAUGAGUUCAAGGAUGAGCUGAAGAGCAUGGGCGUAGUGACUGAUUUCAAGGUAGGUUCACAGUUUGUUUUCUCUCAUAUCUUUUUCCCCCAAGAUCCAAGAGAAAUAACUCCUGAAUGUGUCAUCUCAUUGCUUGACUGUGUUAGAAGAUUCUUGAAAAGCCGAGACUCCCUUCCAGAGGAUUUUUUGGUACAAAUUGACCAGAUAAAGUGGCUGAAGACCACUAUUGGUUAUAUGUCUUCAAAAGAGUGCAUGCUAUUUGAUCCCGAGAAUGGGUCUUUAUUGCAGCGAUGUGAUGGGCCUUUCAUUGAUGAAGAGUACUAUGGGGUGAAUAUUUCGUCCUAUAAGAAGGAGCUUUCUGCUAUUAAAGUUGUCACCGAUAUGUCCAGUACUGAUGCGAGCUCACUACUUGCCAUUCACAUCAAGUCCCUUUGUGAGUUUGCUAAGAUUGAGCAUAUCUAUGAUUUCCUGAGUAAAACUGACUGGAAGCCUGAUGCUGAUUCUCUUGCGAGUAUUUGGUUCCCGACAAGCUCUGUUGAUGGUGUGUGGGUAACCGCGGAGGAAUGUGUUCUGCAUGAUGAUAACCAUCUUUUCAGCUCUAGGUUGCAUAUUCUGGAUCAGAAGUAUUACAAAACAGAGCUGCUUAACUUCUUUUCCAAUGCUUUUGAUGUGAAAAGCAGGCCAUCAACUGAUCAUUACUGCAAGCUUUGGAGGGAAUGGGAAAAUUCGAGGCGUGUGAUAUCGCACAAUGAGUGUUGUGCCUUUUGGGUGCAUGUUAUUAGGCACUGGAGCAAGAAAACUGAAAAAAUAUUUUCUGAAAGUGUGACCAAAGUCCCUGCAGAUUCAAAUGGCUCAGGCGAUAUUUUGUUACUUAAAAAGCAGGAUAUUUUCCUCCCAGAUGAUCUCUUAUUGAAGAAUCUUUUUGAAAUGUCUUCUCCGUACUCUUUCUUUGUCUGGUGUCCUGCGAUAAACCAUCUAUCGAUUCCCCGAGCUAUGCUUCUCGAUAUCUAUUCCAAGAUUGGGGUUAGGAAAAUUACAGAUUCUGUUAGCAUUUCGGAGCUGUCUUCCGUGGAUUGUGGAGAACUGAAGGAGGGGAAGUUGAAGGAUGCUUUUAUUGUGAAAGGGCUUGUAAUGAUGAUUUUAGGAUUUCUAUCUGAUCCCUCACUGGAUAUAGAAGUGAAACGCAGACAUGAAGCUGUUAAAAUGCUCCUCAAUGUGAAAGUGUUUGUUACCUUAAAGCCUGUAACAAUGACCUACAGUUUAAAGAUGUCUUCAGGUGGUGAUGUUACAGCUAGUACGCGGCAAAUGGUGCGCUGGGAGAGAGAUAAUUCUGAGUUUUUCACCCAGAAACUCGACUUGUCAGGUGCGCGCAAGGCUGUUGUAGAAUAUGCAACAAAGUUCUCUCAAGUGGUAUCUGAAGGAUUGCUUUGGGAGAAAGAGGAUCAAAUUCAACCACUUUCCGAGCUCAUAAAGUUCGGAUUCUUGAUGGAUUUUGAUGCAGAUGCUGUUACGUAUUUCAUGACUUCGAAAAACUUGCAGAUCUUCCCGGAGGAUGAAGAGUUCCUAUGUUCUGUGUUUCCUCCCUGCUAAUGCAGUGUCAUCGGUGUAUUGUUGCCCCAUCUUUUCACCUGUCAGCUGUUGCUGUACUUCCGUUCUUCAGCAGGGACUCAAAUCAGAGGAAAUUUUACAUUAUGUAGAACCUGUGAUCGACAGUCAUUCCAAUGGAUCUAAUCAGUGCUCUUUACAAGUGUUGUGCUGUUUCUAUGUGUAUUGGUAUAUACUUUUCUAGGAAUGGAGUUGUUGAACAAUGUUAAGGCUGUUGAUUUUUAGAAAGACCAGCUGAGUUUUGCUGUAUCAGUUGUAAUAUAGUAUCACUAGUUUACAGCAUUUUUGUCAUUGUACUGGGUUCUCAGAUGCUUUGUUCAUUUUAUUGCAGGAAAUUAUAACAGUUUUAAGUAGAAUUAUUGGUAUUAAUCAUCCCUGAAAAUUGGAGUUAUGAUGAGUAGAUACCAAAUUUGCAGAUGAUCAUUGAGCUGUGGAAAAAAGUGGCCUAGAGAUGUGUAUUCGUUGAGACCUCCAUACUUGUUGUUUCAAGAAGUCCGUGAACACUACAACUACAAGUCUACAAGAAAGGCACAAGUAUGGAGCAGCAUGUGCGUGGCAGAAAGGUAUGUGAAAAGGGGGGUAGUGAAGAAGUAAUUGUUGUAUUCUUAGCUGCUUGCUGACUUGGACAUUUAUUUUAUUAAAUGUGAUUAUGCAGCUUCAGAAAUUAGAAUGGCCAAGUAGUAGGAAAUAGUCAAGUUACCACUGCAAUUAUAAUGUUCAAAAAGACUGACUGACUGGUAACAAGAAUAAAAGCUACGUAGCUGAUUUUGUUUUUGAAGUUGUCUAUUACAUUUGGUGAAAUAAAUUUGUUUUUGGCAUGUGUUAGUGGGAAAUAUGUUAAGAAAAUGUUUGGUAUAGAUUUUUUAAGUGAUGGAAGUGGAAUCAAUUAACUAUUUCCAUUACCUAAUGUUUGAUAUAAGAGGAGUGGUAAUAUAAUCCAUUUAAUAAGGGUAACUAUUACUACCAUUUGUUACUUCUCCCAACCUUAUGGUAACAUUGUUACCCUCCUCAAUCCCCAAUUUGUUACAAGCGAGUCUUUUUCUAAGGUAUACCAAACAACUGAUAUUGGUAAUAGCUAACACUAUCCUUUUCCCUUCUUAUUUAUUUCCUUCCCAUUUCCUUUCCUAUGUUUAUACCAAACAUGCCCUAAGUUGUUUUCAACGCGCUAUAUAACCUAUGUAGGUGUAUAGAACUGAUGAAAAACUUGUUGGUUUCUGUAAAAUGCAUUCAACUUAUUGUUGCUAUUAUGGGGUACCGUGCCUUUGAGCAGAGUUUCAGUUUAGUCUAAGAUUACUGCUCUGUAUAGCUUGCUGUCUUUGGGGUGCUGCUGUUACUUGUUGAUAAUUCUGCUUGAUUGGGUGUUAAGUGCCGUUACUGUUAAACUGAGAACUAAAUGCUGUUGUUGUUCCUAAAUGAAGUCUUGUAAUAGAAUUUAAGUGGACUGUCAAUUUGGUAUUGGUCUUGGUCUUGGUCUUGGUCUUGGUCUUGGUCUUGGUUCUGGACUAAAAAAGUUUUCAUUUGUAACAGCUUUAUGCUACUAUUUGUCUGUCUAGGCUCAAGUUAGGGUGGGCUCAUGCUGUAAAAAACAGGGGUCUAACCUUGGAACUCCACGGACUUUUUUUUUUUUUUUUUUUUUACGCAUAGCACACCCGGUUCACCGGAAUUUAGCUCCGACUACAUCCGGAUCCGACCCGUGUCGCACACCUUGUUUAUGGUAGGUGAGUCUCCCAACAAGAGUUUCUGCAUACGGCGAGACUCGAACCCGAGACCUCCCUUAAGCGGCAUCAAGCUGCUUACCACUUAAGCCAACUCUAUGUUGGUAACUCCACGGAUUUAUGGUUGUGAUUAUUUAUAUGGAUUUAGGUCCUUGUGUUUCUUGAAGGUUUUAUCUAAUACUUGGUGUAGUUUAGACUUUAGACCUACAAGUUCACAUCAAAAUUCUUGUGCUUGUUCCUCUGCUUACAUAUACCAAGUAUUAGAUAAUUCGUUUAACAUUAUUUUAGGAAUCUAAAAAAAGUAAUAUAUUUUUUAAAUGAUAUCCCCCUCUUUUGUUAUCCAAAUUGGCGGCAAAUUCGUUACACCUCUUAUUAUUUUAACCAAACAAUAACACCCCUAAAUUCUCUCAAAACAAAUAUAUCAUCCCUCCUUAAAACUAAAUAAUAUUUUUUUAUCUCCUCAAAAAUCUAUCCUUAUUCAUACAUAUGUUCAUGCUUCUCUCUUUUGUACGCACCCAAUUUGUUUCUUUCUACUUGUAAGAUCGAAACACAAUAUGGGUUGCGGAGGGUCUAAGCUGGAGCCAGAACAAGAGGCUAGGCUCCGACCGAUCCUCCGUCGGCGACUUGAAGAGUUCCUAACCAGAAGGAAUGGGGACAUCUCCAAGAAGCAACUCCUUCAAAACGACGGUGCCGUUUCUCAUGGUUCCGAAAGAGAAGAAGAAGGAGACGAAGAAGAAAUUAUUAUUAAUAAGGAAGAUAAAGCGCCUCGGCCUCCUAGUGCUUCUGAUGACGAUCAUUCCUCCCUUCUUAUAAAAGAUAACCCUCCUACCGAUCAAAAAAUUAAUAUUAUUUCACAAGUAUCAUUCCGUACGUUUUUAGAUGAUAAUGAGGAUAGUAGCAUUAUGAAAAAUUAUAAUAAUGAAAUCAAAUGUGAGGAUAAUAAAGGGGAUAAUAUUGAUAAUGAAGCAAAAAUAUUAUUAAAUGGUGUGGAAAAACCCAUGGGAUCAUCAAAAGAAGAAGAGGAUGAAUGCACAUUUGAUGAUCAUGAGAAAAUGGGCUACACUCCUGGCUCUCCAAGCUUUCGAGUUUAUUGUGUACAUUCUCUCGAUGAACAAGAAGAGCUUGAUGAUAAUGCAGGACAUCUUGACUCAGAAGAAUCUAUUGAUCACGAAGAUGAUACACAUUGGGCACGACAAGAAUCAUCUAGUUCAAAUAAGGUGGUAAUAGAAGAGAAGCCCAUUUUGAAGAAGCAUAAAAGAGGGAGGAAGUUUAAGAUGAUAGCAAUGCCAAAAGGAGGGAAACAUAAAUUUAACAUGAAUUCAUUUUAUCAGUUCCCUUGUAAUUCACAGAAUUCUCAUCUGGUUCAAGAAACAACUGCUUAAUUUUAUAUUUUGCAUAAUUUGAUAAUUAAUUAAUUAAUUAGGAGGAGCUUCUCAAUCUAGAAGAGAAAAAAUAAGGGAAGGGAGGGGAGGGGGAUUUUAAAUGGCGUAAAUUUUCACAUUAAUUAUAUUUUCUGUUUCCUUGUUAUAUUUUUGAUGUAUGUAGGAAGAUUAUCUUACUAGCAAAAUAUAUUAUUUCCA